AUGAGUUCUCAUAAAGAAAGCCCAGAGAUUGUCUACUUUACUCUGUUUUUCUUUGGAAUCCUGGGAAAUACAUUUCUUCUUUCUCUCCAUGCCAUUAUGUUCAUCACUGAGCACAGGAAAAGACUCAUAAGGCUGAUAAUAAUCAAUAUGGCCUUUGCCCAUAUCUUGAUGAUUCUUUUCAGGGGCAUUCACCUAAUAAUAAACAAUUGGGGAUGGACAUCUUUACUAGAUGACACAAUUGCCAAAAUCUUCAUUUUCUUCAUAAUAUUGACCCGAGGUGUUUCUCUUUGCAGCACUUGCCUCUUGGGUAUCUUUCAGGCACUCACCAUCAGUCCUAGAAGCCUUAAUAUCAAAACUAGAGCCCAAAACUAUAUUCUUCUCUGCUGUGUCCUGAGCUGGAUUUUCAAUCUUCUUUUCAAUAUUACUCUGCCUCUGAAUAUGAGUAGUCCAAGGAAUAGCAGUGAAGAAAGAUGGAGGAUUGGGCAUAUUUCUUUUGGCUUGCAUGCCAUAAUUAUAAAACCUUUAAUUUAUGAGUCACUUGUUAAUGCUCUGCUUGUGGGUCUCAUGAUCUGUUCCAGCGGCUAUAUGGUGUUUGUCCUGUACAGACACAACCAGCAAGUCCAACACAUUCACAACAUCAGACUCUCCUCCAGGGCGUCACCUGAGACCAGAGCCACCAAAGUCAUACUGAUGACAGUGAUCACCUUUGUCUGCUUUAAUUCAGCCAGUUCCCCUUUUGUAAUCUAUGUAGCUUCUACUAAAGAAACUAGACACUGGGCUCUACUUUUCACUGUUCUACUUUCUUUAUUUUAUCCCAUAGUUAGCCCUUUCAUGCUGAUCAUCAUGGACACCCAGAUAUCCCAGGCUUUUUGUUUUCUUUUAGGCUUCAAUAAGUCCUUUCAAAAAGAAUAUCCUUGCUGA